AUGUCCGCUGCACGAUUGAACAUAUUUCCUACGAGAAUGGCAUUGACAGGUAUGAAGUCUCGUCUAAAAGGAGCUCAAACAGGUCAUUCGCUGCUCAAGAGAAAGGCUGAGGCCUUGACGAGAAGGUUCAGAGAGAUUGUCAAGAAGAUUGACGAGGCUAAACGAAAGAUGGGAAAAGUCAUGCAAAUCGCUGCUUUCUCAUAUGCUGAAGUCAUGUUUACGGCUGGAAAUGAUGUUGGAUAUAUGGUUCGUGAGAAUGUCAAACAAGCACAAACCAAAGUCCGUUCCAAAACUGAGAACGUGUCUGGUGUACAAUUACCUGCGUUUGAGAUGUUUGUUGAUGGUCAAAGUGCCUUCGAACUGACCGGUCUUGGCCGAGGAGGCCAACAAGUCCAAAAAUGCAAGGAAACAUACCAAAAAGCCGUCGAAGUGCUAGUCGAACUAGCAUCCUUACAAACAGCCUUUGUAAUCUUGGACGAGGUCAUCAAGAUUACCAAUCGAAGGGUGAAUGCCAUUGAGCAUGUAAUUAUACCCAAGAUUGAAAACACGAUAAAGUAUAUUAUAUCUGAACUUGAUGAGAUGGAUCGGGAAGAGUUCUUUAGGUUGAAGAAGGUACAAAACAAGAAGAAGAAGGUCAAGGAGGGUGAAGAUGCUGAACGUGAAGCUCGGCAAGCUGCUGGAGAUUCCGGAUUCUCUUCCAAGGAAGCUGCCGCAGAGACUCCCAACAUCCUGAAUGAAUAUGAAAAGGAUGAAGAUGUGAUUUUUUAG